AUGGGAAGUGAAGGCAAUCUGACAACUAAACCUCGUUUUGAUAUUACCAUGUCAAAAAGAACCAGAAAACCAGUAUUCCAUGAUGAUCCUGCCACCAUGGAGAAUCCUUGUAAAGUUGGUGUUCAUCAUGUGGAAGAAAAGAAUAAUGAUCAUAAGAGUUUGAAGCAACUGAUAAAUGGGGACAAGAGCAAAAGCAGGAAUUCACUCGGAGAACACUUCACAGAAGAAGAAGAAGAAGAAGAAGGGAAACAGCUUCAGUUGGUGAAAUUGCAGCAACAAAAAGGAGUGAAGCUGAAAAGAAUGGUUAAUCGUUACGUUCAAGUUUUAAGUCAAUUAAUCAAGGUGAAGCGCGACCCAUCUACUGUUCGAUCCACCAAAAAGCCUCUUCUUCGUAUAAAUGUGUAG